AUGCUGUCGUCUGCUGCCUGUCGACUGCCGGUCGCGGCUGCUGCAGCUCGCCGCGCUGCUAUCACUGGCGCUUGCUGCCGCGUGCCUCGCGUCACACGACGCGCUACAUUACCACCGUCUCGUUCGUUUCUAGGGCUUCGUGAAUUGCUCUUUGGCCUGGCGAAACCCUCUACGGAAGGAAAAGUCCUGCAGCUACAAGCACCUGAGAAGACUCAGAAUCAUAUUUCUACGCAGCAGGUCCAGCAAGACAAGAGCCCGGUCGUCGUUGGGAGCGUGGAACCCACGCUAUAUACGGUAGGCAAACUUGCCAAGCUUGCUGAUGGUGCUGUGCUUGCCUCGUGUGGUCGCACGGUGCUGUUGACGACGGUCGUGAGCGACCACGACGUCAGUAGCAGCACUGGAAAAGGAGGAAAUGGUAGCAACAAAUCGUCCCAGCGCGACUUUCUGCCGCUCACGGUGGACUUUCGCGUCAAGUCGCACGCUGUUGGGCUCAUUCCGGACAACCAGAAACGUCGUGAGUUUACGGGCAGUGACGAAGAAGUGCUGCAGUCACGUGUAGUGGACCGAGCGAUUCGUCCGCUGUUUCCACGCGAUUACUGCGAAAACACGCAGUUGUUGGCGACCGUACAGUCGUACGACCCGAAUAACGACCCUUUGGUCGUGGCUGUCAACUCGGCUUCAGCUGUGCUGAGCAUGUCGGACGUCCCGUGGAAUGGACCAGUGGGCUGCGUUCGUGUCGUGGAGGUGGAUGGCCAAUUGGUGGUCAACCCCACGGCCCCACAGCGUGAUGCCGCUACGCUGGAUGUGAUCUAUGCUGGAACAGCUGAACGGGCCGUGAUGGUCGAAGCUUCGGGUGACGAAGUGGGUGAGGCACGUCUUGGUGAGGUGCUGGACUUGGCACAGAUGAGCGUGUUACCAGUGAUUGAGGCGCAGAAGAAGCUGGUGGAGGAACACGGGAAGCAGAAGCGCGUGUACUCACCGCUGUUCAUUGCACCGGAGAUUUGGGCCAAGGCUGAGGAGCUUGGGCGUAAGGAUACGGAAGCGCUAAUUGCCAGUGGUCACGUAGGUAAGCUCGCUCGUCAACAAGGAGAGCGCGAGAUCUACGGCAAGAUGCUGAACGGCAUGCGUCAGCACUUUGCCGCUGCGUCUCCUCCUGUGGACGAUGCAGCUAUUGUACGUGCUGCGCACGACACGUUCCAGCGUGUGGUGCGCGAACGUAUUCUGACGAUUGCAAAAGAGACGAAAGGCUCAAAGAACAAACCUGUGCGAUUAGACGGUCGUCCAGUCCGAAUCGUUCGUCCAUUAGAGAUGGAAGCUGGUGCGCUGCCAAUGGCUCACGGAUCUUCUCUUUUUGCUCGUGGUGAAACGCAGACCCUGUGUUCUGUGACACUUGGACCUAUAGAGCGCGGUCUUCGUCUGCGUGGUGCACUCCAUGAAGCGCGUGAGCUGGCUGAGUCUAGUGCUCCUACGCCACUAAAGAACGCCAUGCUGCACUACGAGUUCCCGCCCUUCUGCGUAAACGAGACGGGUCGUAUGGGUGGCACCAAUCGCCGCAUGAUCGGGCACGGUGCUCUGGCCGAAAAGGCUGUUCUGCCCAUUCUGCCCUCUAUCACUGAGUUUCCAUACACGAUCCGUAUGACGUCGGAGGUGAUGGGUUCGGACGGCUCGUCGUCGAUGGCAACUGUGUGUGGCGUAUCGCUGGCGCUAAUGGAUGCCGGCGUCCCCGUUCGCCGUGCAGUGGCGGGUAUUGCCAUUGGUCUCGUCACAGCUGGCGACCCGUUUUCCAGCAAGGAAAAGCGUAUGGAAGAAGGUGACUACCAGUUGUUGACGGACAUCCUCGGAUCCGAGGACCACUAUGGUGACAUGGACUUCAAGGUCGCAGGAACGACAUCUGGCGUGACAGCGUUGCAGCUGGACGUGAAGCUGCCUGGCGGUGUGCCGCUUUCCGUGCUGAAGGAAGGACUGCGUGAAGCCAAGCAGGCACGUCUGCAUCUGUUGCGUCGCAUGAGCUCGGAACUUGCUGAACCCCGGGAAGCUCUAAAGUCCAAUGGCAGUGCGUUGCCGAACGUAAGCGUGGAGUGUGUCAUUGCCACGAACUUGAUUGGUGCACUCAUUGGUGUCGGUGGAAGCAAUAUCCGCGACUUGGAGUCGCGGUUCAACGUCUCUGUGAGCAUCAUGAACCGACGGGAAGGUAUUGUGCGUGUCGUGGGUACAGUCGACGGCACGUCAAAGGCUCGUGACUGGUUGCAAACGGAACUUGCUGCGGUUGCAAGCUCUGGCCCUCGUGGCACUCACAGCGUCAAUAGCAACGGCAGCACCGACAGUAGUGACAGCGACCAGAGCUCGACAAAGAGCCGGUCGUGCUUUUUCCGGAAGGGAGAGCGGUACACGAUGCGCGUGACGCAGGUCAUGGACUUUGGCGCUAUCCUCGAGACAUCGGCUGGUCAGCGCGGGUUCGUGCACAUUUCUGAGCUUUCAAGAGAGAAGGUCAGCAACAUCCGGGGCGUGGUACUAGAAGGACAAGAGAUGGAGUUUGAGUGUCUGCAGGAUGGCGCUUCGGGCAAAAUGUCCCGUCGAGUCCUGUUGGGUACGGACGGAGGCGAAGACACUGCACCAGCGACUUCUGAUCCUGCAGUGGGGGACUUGGAGACGGGGCCGUCACGGAGCAGCAAGCACCACUCUCGUCGAUCGUCGACGGCUUCGCGCCGAGGGGAAACAGCUCGCCGCUCGCGGACGUAG